ACGCAGCAUGGCGGAACCAGCUGCCGCUGGCUGGCUGGACCAUCCAUCCAGACCUUUCGCGGCUGACGCGUAAGUUCUGCGUGCAAAUCACGCGAAAGCGAUCUCGCAAGAUGUGAGCCGCCCACUUGUCGGAUCGUCCCUGCGAUUAGCUUAGUUAGCGACGAAGACUUCCACGAGACAUGAACGCGAAUGUACACGUCGCUGUCACGUGUUUCCUGCUCGUCAUGAUGAUCGCUACGAAUGGAACAGGUCAAUUAAUGUCAAAAGAGCAUCGGACCCACGCGGCGUCUGAAAGAGCCAACGACUUAUGGUGUUACCAAUGCUUCACAAUGGAUGGCGAUGAGAGAUGUAUAAAUCUCACUGGUAACACUGGCAAUUUCAGUACCUUCAAGCACAAAUGCACGGACGAUAGGAGGAUCUGCAUGGUGAAGCGGUUCUCCUACACCACCAGCACCGAGAACUCGACCUCCAGUCCGCAGAUCUGGUCCGUUGAGAGAAACUGCACGAACAAAUGCGAGCCCGGAUGCAUCGUGAUCGGCGAGCGCACUAAACUCUACGCCUGCACCGCCUGUUGCGAGACUAAUUUAUGCAACAACGGUACCGGCACCGCCAACGACCUAACGAUCAAAGAAAUCGACCUCCUGCUGGCCCUCGUGCUCCAAGCUGUCUUGACUGUUAUCAUGUACCCGUCCUGACAGUGUCAAUAAAGCUUUCAACCACACAA